UACUGCUCUUCAAAUGGGGUCGGGAAGAGUCGGACUCAACUGUGCGACUGAACAACAACAACUGCUCUUCAAUAGUUUGACUAAUUCCAUUCAAUAUUUAAGAGUGUUUGGGACUUUAUGUCUUCGUUCCCACUGCUAGGAAAAUUCUCGAAGGUGGGAUGAGCACCCAGAAGACAUGCGUGUGUGAGGGAUGAGUUCACUUUCUGGCUUGAACAAAACAGCUUCUUAAAGCAUCUUCUGACCUCAGCUAGAGAACAGAAAAGAAAAUUGUUCCUUCAAGUGGAGUGUAGCAUCUACGGAAAAAGACAUCUGGAUGCACCAUGGUGGUGCAGAGUAACCUGGACAUUGGAGAGAGUAGGAAAGGGGUCUUGCUCGAGCCAUUUGUCCACCAAGUUGGAGGCCACAUGAGCAUGAUGAAGUAUGAUGAGCACACCGUCUGCAAGCCUCUUGUUUCCCAGGAACAAUGGUUCUAUGAGACUCUCCCUACCGCGAUGAGACAGUUCACACCUCAGUACAAAGGCAUCAUUUCUGUACACCUCAAGAAGGACAGCAUGGGCAAUCUAAGCCUCAUAGCCAGCCCACAAACGGACAACCGCAGUUCACUGGAUAAUGCUUCUAAGGAGUCUUCAAUGACAAUAUGGCAGAAGCUCAGCCAGGUGAACAGCAGCAGCAGUGGCCAUACAUUUGUCAAAUGGAAUCACAGUCCCCUCACAAACACCAUCAAAGACAGCUGCCAAGGAAAAGCACUAUUACAGACAGACCUGCAGUACCACAGAGAUGUGUCUUCGCUUAUGGAGGAUGCCAGUGGGAAUCAGGCACAAAAGAACAGCUAUAACCCCUGGGGACUGCACUGCCACAAGCAGCAUCUCAGCCGCCUGUCUUCCAAGUGUAAUGAGAACAAACUUCAUCAAUUUCUGUUGCUUGAAAAUGUGGUAUCCAAGUAUAAAUAUCCAUGUAUUCUGGACUUGAAGAUGGGAACCAGGCAGCAUGCUGAUGAUGCAUCAGAGGAGAAGAAAGCACGACAAAUAAAGAAGUGUGAACAGAGCACAUCAGCAUCCCUUGGAGUCCGUAUUUGUGGCAUGCAGGUUUACCAAGCAGAUGCUGUCCAAUACCUCUGCAACGACAAAUAUUAUGGACGGAAACUCUCACCAGAUGGCUUUAAGCAGGCCCUCUGUCAGUUUCUGCACAAUGGUAUACUUCUCAGAACAGACCUUGCAGAACCCAUUGUGUGUCAACUGAAGACUCUACUAUCCAUCAUCAAAAAACAGAGCUCUUACCGGUUCUACUCCAGCUCACUUCUUAUAAUUUAUGAGGGACUGGAGAAAACGAUCGACAACCACACUCAGGGGCUCUGUCAGAACACUAGCAGCACUGUUCCAUAUGGGAACAGCCACCCCAAAGUUGAUGUCCGGAUGAUAGACUUUGCUCACACAACAUACAAAGGCUCAAAGUAUAAUCAGACAGCCUAUGACGGACCAGAUCAUGGCUAUAUUUUUGGUCUAGAAAACCUAAUAAAAAUUAUUCAAAACAUCUCAGUGGGUGAAUGAUAAUGGCUGAAUUGACUGUAUGGUAAUAAAAGGGACAGCCUGCAUGUCAGGCCAACAGUAGGAAGACCGCCUGGCAAACUGUAUCACAUGCACUGUUUUCAGAUGGAAAACCACAGGAUGGAUAGCUUGUCAGAAAAAGCUCUGGUCAUGCUACUCUGUCUGGAUUGGAUGGGAUCCAUUGUAAUUGUGAUCUGUCAGAACAUUAUUUUCCUUUCUCAUUUUCAUGUUGUCCUUCAUUUGUGAGCUAGAAUGUUAUGUGAAAGGAAUUUGAAUGAAGGACUUGUUCAUCAAGAAGAUUUCCAAGGCCAAAAGAGGCCAACCAGAUAUUGUGCUCAUGAAAAGGGCUUCAAGACAUGUCGGCAAGCCCUUUAAAAACUCACACUUAGUUUGAUGAGCCAAGGGCUUUUGUUUACACAACCAGAUGUCACUACAGCCUUCUACGUCCUCCAAUAACUGGCACCUUAAAAACUACAAGCAUAUUAAUUCCUUUUUCCUUUGUAUUCUGUACCAGUGUGUGGCACUGUAUGCUCCAAGGAAUGUGUGUGUGAGCCAAAGGAAUGAAUGGAUAUAAUAAAAAGAAAAAAUGAGCCAGUGCCAGAUAGCCCCUCCUGGAGUAAGGCAGGUCUUUGCUAGAAGAGCUAGAGAGGUGGGGAUCAUACUAUGGCACUUUAUGUAUGAAUAUGUAUGAAUGAGGAAUCAGACAGGCCUUGAUCUUGAAGACAUAUGAUAUGUGUUCACAUGUGCUGAUCAAGGGGCCCAAAAGUUUUGUAUUCCGCUUCUAUGCACGUAUGUUUAUGUGAGUGGACUAAAUUAAAAAAACAUGACAAAAUGUUUACAGAAUGUAUGAACAUUUGUAAAAAUGGAACAACCAAAUGACAAAUUCCUUCCUAUAUCCCAUGGAAAAUCUGUUAGAAUGUUUUUAAAUACAGAGAUAUAAAGUCCAAUAGCAGAAAAGGAAUGUAAAGCUGUAAAUAAAUUGUACAGUUCCUGUAACAUACUGGAAAUCCUUUUGUAAGCGAUUUAUUUCUUGUGGACUGUGAAUAACCACAAAUUAUGACAGGAAGAUUAAAAAAUUAGGCCAACUUUAUGUUCCACAGACUCUUACCAGCUGCAUGCAGGAAAUGGCUAGAAG